CUCGCCGCACUCGAGGCGUCGGUGGCGUGAGUCGCCUUUUGGCGUCCUUGGCGGCAGCUGGAGCCUGGCCGUGCUCUUACCAAGCUCGCGCCAUGCUGCUGUUGGCUCUGGGUGGCCGGUGGGCAGCGGGGCUGCGGCCCGGCGGGAGGAGGACUCCAUGGUGUGCGGCCGCCGCGCUCCGAGGUUCCGGGGUCGCCUUGUGGCGUGCGGCCUCCCGCGCCGAGCCCGCGCGACUGCUGAGCGGCGGACUCCUGCGGGGAGCCCAGCCUGGCCCGCGAGCCGGGGGAGCGCAGAUACCCGUUUGUUGGGAGCGUUGUGUUCGAAGUGCACAUACACAGUUUGAUAAACCAGAAGAUGGAAGACUGAUUUAUACUGGGAACCUGGCCCGCACAGUAUUUGGUGUGAAAUGUUUCUCUUAUUCUACAAGUGUGAUCAGCCUUGCAUUUUUACCGUAUCUUUUUUCACAAAGUAAUGUGACAUUUGGAAGUCUGCCUCUGCAAAUCUUAUUUUAUGGAAUCAUGGGAAGCUUCACAGUGAUCACGCCUAUGCUGCUUCACUUCCUCACAAAAGGCUAUGUCAUUCGGUUGUACCACGAAGCCAUAAGUGACACUUACAAAGCCAUUACAUACAAUGCUGUGCUUUCGGAAACCAGCACGGUGUUUCAUCAAAAUGACGUGAAGAUUCCAGAGAGCACACAUAUAUUUACCACCUUUUAUGCAAAAACAAAGUCACUGUUAGUUAAUCCAAUGCUCUUCCCAAACCCUGAUGACUUUAACCAUCUAAUGGGUUAUGACAAACCAUUUACCUUUGAUAUGGAAGAAGUCAGUGAAAAGAAACUGCGUGAGGAUGGGAAAUGAACCUAUUCUUCGGUUUUGUUUACAUGCCAUGUAUAUUUCAGUGUGUAAUAAGAUUGCCUACAUUUUGUUAUUGUUAGUGAAUGAUUGUUUUUUAAAAAAAUACAGUUUAAAGCCCGAAGACAGUGCAGUUGGUAUAGUGUUUGCCUUACAUGAGGUCCUGGGUUUGACCCUCAUCAUAUAAGUAGGUAUGCUUGUAUACACCAGUAACCCCAGCACUUGGAAAAUGGAAGUAGGAAGACCAGAAAUUUGAGAUCAUCCUUGGCGAUUCUAGUAGGUUUGAGUCAGUCUGGACUGUGUAAGACCCUGUCUUAAAACAGAAUGUUGAUCUGGGUGGCGCAUGCCUUAAAUCCCAGCAUUCCAGCGGCAGAGGCAGGUGGAUGUCUCUGAGUUUGAGGUCGGCCUGGUCUAAUAAUCGAGUUCCAGGACAGCCAGAGCUGUUAACACAGAGAAACCCUGUCUUAAAAAACCAAAACAACAGCAAUAACAAACCCACCAAAGACCUCAAAAGUUGAAACUAUCAAGCAGAAUUUCUGAUUAAUUUUCAGAUAAUGAUGUUCCCAUGUAAUAAAAUACAUUCAAGAACAAGUUGUUUCUGUUAAAAAAUGCGGAUAAUCAGCCAGUUGCUAGGAGAGACAGUCUCACAGCAAACUCCCCGAGUCUCUGUGUCUUACAGUCUUCCCAUCCCUUCUUCCUAAAUAUCUCCUGAACCUUAGCCCCAAGAGGUUUUGUACAUAUAUCUGUUGGGACUGGGCUCCACAACUCUGCAUUUUGAUUGGUUGUGGUUUUCUGUAAUGGUCUCCAUUACAAAGAGAAGUUUGUUGCAAAGAGAAGUUUCCUUGAUGGGGUGAAGACUGCACUUCUCUGUGGGUAUAGGGGCAAAUAUUCAGAAUGCAGUUAGGGAUUAUGCUAGUUUUGUAAAGCAGUGGUUGUAGGUUCUUCUCCAAGAUCCAUGACUUCCCUAACCAUGGGUUGUUGGCUAGGUUUUUAGUACCAGGCAUGUUGAGAAGGCCUGUUCAGUACCCUCAUGUUGAGAACAUCUUAAGUCUAAUUAAAGACCUGCUGGUUACUGCCGAGGUGUGUUUAUCACCGUUGCACCAUAAGGUUAUCGUGCCAUUCAGGUCAUCGUUGUGGUUCACAGGGGUCAUAGCUGGGUAGGACCAUUGGUUGCUUUCCUCCUUUGAAAGUGUGCAUGGUGUUUUUUGCACCGUGAAAGCUAAUCUUCAAGGAGGGGGCAUUCAGAUCAGUUCCACCUCAGGGGUCUCUGGGCCUGUGUCUGAAGUGCAUGGUGGCUUCAGCCAUAGGGAUUUUUCCCUAUUGUGAGGUAACCUUGGGCAAUAGCAAUAGUCUGUAACAUUUUGGGAGCCUCUUGAACAAUUUGGACCAACAAUUCUUUCCUCCAUCUUCAGUAUUUAUCUUCCUCCCCUCUGUAAUUAGAGCCCUGCUCCUUUUCCCUAUUUCUCUGAUCAGAUCAUUUUCCCUGCUAUGUCU